CCGGCUCCGGCGCGUUCCGGAAGCGGAGGUGGUGCUGCGGCACCCGGAAGUGCCCGGCUUCCGGGGACGAUGGCGGCCGGCGGGAGCCUGAGCCGCUCGGAGCGGAAGGCGGCGGCGCGCGCCGAGAUGCUGAGGCAGGAGGAGCUGCGCGAGCGGCGCAGACAGGUGUCGCGGGUGCUGCAGACGGCGGCGGCGGAGCGGAGCGCCGAGGACACGCUGCUGCUGGGCGAGUGCGAGGACGUCGUGCGCGACCUGGAGCGGCGGCGGAAGAAGCGCGAGGGGCAGCGCAGGCGGCAGGAGGAGGUCUGUGAUGAGCCCCAGGAGUUAAAGAGGAAAGUCAGCGAGUUGGCUGCAGCUGUGCGAAGAGCCAGGCACAUGGUUGUCUACACAGGAGCUGGGAUCAGCACGGCAGCUUCGAUCCCAGACUAUAGGGGCCCUAAUGGAGUGUGGACGUUAUUGCAGAAAGGCCAGAGCAUCAGGGCUGCAGACCUGAGUGAGGCAGAGCCCACACUCACGCACAUGAGCAUUGCCUGCCUACACAAGCACAAGCUGGUGCAGCAUGUGGUGUCUCAGAACUGCGAUGGGCUGCACUUGCGGAGCGGGCUGCCCCGAGCAGCAAUAUCGGAGCUGCAUGGAAACAUGUACAUAGAGGUCUGCACGUCCUGCACACCCAACAGGGAGUAUGUGCGUGUGUUUGAUGUCACGGAGCGCACUGCUCUGCACAGGCACGACACAGGCAGGACGUGCCACAAGUGUGGGACAUUGCUGAGAGACACCAUCGUCCACUUUGGGGAGAAGGGCACCCUGAGGCAGCCUCUGAACUGGGAAGCAGCAACAGAGGCUGCGACCAAAGCGGACGUGAUUCUCUGUCUGGGUUCCAGCUUAAAGGUUUUGAAAAAGUACCCACGUCUCUGGUGCAUGAGCAAGCCCCCCAGCCGCCGUCCAAAGCUGUACAUCGUGAACCUCCAGUGGACUCCAAAGGAUGAGCUGGCUGCCUUGAAACUGCAUGGGAAAUGUGACGACGUGAUGAGGCUGCUGAUGGAGGAGCUCGGUCUGGAAAUCCCCUGCUACGACAGCAGGACCCAGGACCCCAUCUUCGCGCUGGCCGUGGCGCUGCGGCCCGAGGAAGAGGGCAGCCACUCCCGCAAGCCGGUGGCCCCGCCGUGGGGCCUGGAGGGAGGGCGCCAGGUGGACCCGGACUCCCUGCUGCCUCCCGCACCCCUGCCCGGCGGCUGGUUUGGCCGCGGCUGCGCCAAGGGCUGCAAGAGGAGGAAGGCCAACUGAGGCACCCCAGCACCCUGGACUCUGCCCCCCCCCCCCCCCCGUGGGGCCUG